AAAACCAAAAAUAUCUACAAUGUGCGAUCGUCAAAGUUGAAGCGUCUCGCAAUCGUUCUCUUUGAAGUAUGUGGAGUCUACUCAAUCGCGGAUGGAGCUGCUUGCUAUACACUGAAAAUAGUAUCAGCCAAGUUUAGUGCGAAGAUGGCUAGUCUGCACGCGAGCAUCGAACAAGAGGCACAGCCAUGCACAGCCUUCCCGCCGCCGGGGGUACCGGCUGCUUCGGAGCCUGACGACAUUCCCGAACAGAGCACCCUCGUCGACUUUCUUUCGAAGGAUUCCCAAGCCCUAAAUUGGCGCGUAGAUUUUAUCGAUUCUGAAAGCGCGAAUCACCAACCAUAUGCAUGAUUAUUGAUAAACCUAGACCACGAGAAUAGAAGGGGGAAAAAAUCAGAGGAAAAAGACCGAGAGAAAUGGUUUCUUGAGCCGAGGCAAAAGCUUUUCGUGAUGGUUGUAAUCAACGCGCCCAAGUUCUAGGCCUCCGUGUCGUGGUAUAGACUACAUACAGAAAGCAUCGUCAUGUGCGACGAUAAAGGAAAAGAGACAAAUUCAAAUUUGCGCAGGUUUUGGAUAAGUGAGACUCGUCACACCAAAGAUACUCAAAACGACUUUGCUGUUGUGAAACUUUCUUUAAUCUUUUGCGAGAUAUGAGAUUAGAAAGGGCGGACACAAAGCGUCUUGUUUUGUUUCUUUGCCGUACGUAUAUCAUUCUUCUGCGGCGAUGCUGC